AGGUGCAGUUAACUUUUUUGGCCGGAUUUCAAUUCUCGUAGACCAGAACACACAGGCUUUCCAUAUGUUCAUGACUGCACUUCUUCAGCUUUUACAUCGCUCUGGUUUAUUGUAUGGAGAGCUAGCUACAUUUGUGUUGCGGUUGCUUGGAAUCAGAAAUAAGCCCAAGAAGAUAAACCCUCCAGGUCCAAAUGGAGUUCCUCAGCCUGAGUCACACAGUUCCUCUGUGGAGGGAACCAAGUCUGCUCCAAGUGGUUCUUGGGACAAUGUAUGGGAAAUUGGUUCCAAUAAAUGAUGAUGUGUAUUUAGUUUGCUUAUAGAGUGAGUCCAAAUACAAUCAAAGGAAUUGAGAAACAGCUUUGCGCCAAUCCAAAUGAAAAUACUGAAGCUGCCAAAGUCAU